CCUACACACAAAGGGAGCAUGCAUGGACGACUACUUGUACGCCUAUAGCGACCUCAGACCACCUUCGCCCAUCAAGGCUAGGUCGCCCUCACCCCCACUUGCACCGUGUAUCCCAAAAGUAGCAAAGUCACCGCCAAGAGCCGAUGUACGCAGACGACCACGGUCGCUACAAGGCAUUGAACUGCCUAGACCUAUAUUGCCGCGUGAUGCAACACAUUGGGAUGUGAAGGAGAUAGAGGAGGCUCAUCUCGACGAUGAACAAAUCUUUGAAGACUUGCAGGAUUUGCAAUUGAAGCAAAUCAAGGAGACGAGCUUGCUGCGACUGGUCUCCUGUCGAGCAGUGCUUGAUCAAGCAGAUAGGGUCUUAUCUGUCCUUGCUGGCAUCAAAGAUGGCUUUGAUGCAGUAGCUGAACAAACGCACACUCUACAAACACGAUGUAAUGAGCUACAAGCAGAGGAAGCGCGAAUGACUUCUCUUGCGGACGACAUCAAGGAAACGCUGCAGCCCUUUUCCUACCUCCCUACAGCUGUACGACUUUUGAAUGUUCCCGGAAGUGAUCUGGUGCUGCAACCAUCAUACAGGGAGCUCUUGAAUCGUGUCGAGACGUCACUAGAGUUCCUCGAACAACAUCCAGACUACAAGGAUGCCGAUGUCUUUACAAGAAGUUACAGACAGUGCAUGACUAAAGCACUAACACUGAUUCGUGUUCACUUCAAUACGGCACUUCGUCAAGUGACCGCAGAUGUGACGAGUAAGAUGUCCAAUGGUCUCAAUAAGAAUACUCAAGCUGCAUUACUUUACACGAAAUUCCGAAGUUUGUCGCCGUCCAUGGCUCCACUACUCAUGAGAUUGAGCCAAGCUUCGAAACAUCACACCGAGUACGAAUCGUUGCUCAAUGACUGUCUCUCUGCCUACUUUGCAACACGCAAGGCAUUACUUGCAAGCACCUUGGCAACCACGUUCAAGGACUUUGCACUCAUCAAGGAACUCGAUAGUUUUGCAACGUCUUCCGUGUCCUUUAUGCGCAGUCUCGUCGCUGAUGAGCAAGAACUCUUCAGAGCCUUCUUUCCCGAGGUAGACGGAGCUGCGUUUGCCAAUUUCCAAGCAACAUUGGGUCCAAGCUUUACAGAUGCCAUGGGUCCACGCAUCACAGCCGAAACGAGCUUGACGCGCCUUUGUGAGGUGUGCGCAAGUCUGCAAGCACAGUGCGUGCAAGAAGACAACACGCACGGGCUUGAUCUGAGUCCACUCUUUACCACAACCUUGCAGCAACUCGAGGCAAGAGUCGCAACCCUUGCGAGAGCAGCCAUUGCAUCGAAUAUCACAGGCUACGCUCCGACAGAGCAAGAUCUAGACUACCAUGGAAAGCUUGUUCGUCGUCAACGAACUCGACCGGCCUUGUCAAGAACUGGCAGUGUGGGUCAUUCUCUAGCACCGUCCAGCAGCAGUGUCUUUGAUGAUUCUGAAACAGUUCAAUCUGGUUUGCAAGGAAGCAGUGCAGACUGGUACAUCACUCUACGAACAAGUAUCGCUUUGCUAUCCAAAAUCUACAGGCUUGUGCAGAGCAGUCUCUUCGAUGCGCUGGCACAUGAGGUGGUGCGUGGUUGUUUGUCGAGUUUGUUGUCAGCAGCAAGUUCUAUUCGUCGCAAAAAUCUCGUCAAUGGUCAACUCUUCCUCAUCAAACACUUGCUCCUGCUGAGAGAGCAAAUGGCUGGUUUCGAAUUGGAGCACUUGCCAGAAGCGUCAGGCCUGGAGCAAGGACAAGGAAUCACGGCAACGCUCUGGGAUGCAGCAGCUAAAGGAGAUCUCUUUUCUCCCUCAGCACUCUACAGCCUCGCUUCAUCUGGUUUCUCGAGGCUCGCAGCCGGUGCUCUUUCGCGACCUGUUGAGAAUAUGCAAGACGCUCGACUCGAACUUGAAGAUCAGCUUCAACUCGCAGUCAAUCAGCUUGUUGCAUCGUGUGCGGAUGGGAUCACACAACCUCUACGCUCAUGUAUGGGUAAUAAGCAAACGAAGCCCGAAGCACUCGUUGAAGCGAAUCGUAAGUUCAGAGCAGGUUUGCCAGAUGCGUUUGCUUUGUUUAGGGAGGCACUACAAUUGUACUUGGAUGAUGAGCAAGAACCUGUUGCAGGUGUGUUGCUGGAGAUGGCGCAGGACAAGACACUUGAGACGUAUGAGCGUUUUGACUCGUAUUUGCGUAUGGGUAAGCUGCAUGAGACGCUGCCUGUGGACCAACAGGUUGCUAGUGUGCUUGAUACGGCUGCUUGGGUUCGCGAGAUCUCUGGCUGGGAGAAACCGACGUACUAGCUAAAGUACCUAGAUGAUGAAAUUGUUGAGCAAGGUGUGCAUUAUUACCCCUCGAGCUCUCGAAAUGGGCCGACACAGAGACAUUAUACAGCAGGCUUUCUGUGAUCUUUAAUCUAGUCACUCGUCCGGUGU